ACUUUACUAGGAAAGAUGAAGUCCCGCAAGGGACGGGUGAAGGUUGAAGCCAAGGUUAUAGGCGAGGACGAUAGAAACGCCUGGUGGAUCAUGUCUGCUAAUGAGUUUGAGCCGGGGACGGUAUCGUUCUGUUGCAUGGAGGAGGAGUAUAGGAGCUACUAUAUACGGCAUAAUAACGACAAGAUAGAU